AAUUGUCACAUAUUGACAGAUUCAUGUCUGUCAAUGAUAGUGAACUCAGUGUUGAAUCAUUGAUCAAGAACUUGAAGAACAUGAUAAUGAAGAAAUUGUCUGUGUCAUGUAUGACUGAGUCUUCAGUGUUUCUCCCUGCUUCUUCUGUCACUUCUUUCCCUGCUGCUCUCUCUCAAUCUUCUACACUUGCCUCUGUGUCUGGUUCUCCUGCUCCUGCUAUUUCUGUUCCUGCAACCCCUACUUCUGCUACUCCUGAUUUUGUCACCUCUGCCUUUCUUACUAGCUCUCCCCAUUUCAAGAAGAUGUUGCAUAGGCUCAUAAUUAUUCAUUCAUAUCAGAGAAUCACUCUCUCUCUCAACAGUGUUGAGAUUGCAAAAGAUAUCUGUGUUUUCAGAAAUGAAAAUACAGAUGUCAUACUCUUUUACACUUACAGAUGUGAGACUU